AUGGAACGGCCGCGAGGAAGCCUCGAGGACUUGAGCGUCGCGUCGCCGUGCUCGCCGGGCGCCGACUACCAUUCCGCGCCCGAGCUCAGAGGCCGCGCUUCCACGCCCGCCUCUGCGCCGAGCACGAGCGCGAGAUCCCACGUCUUUGACGGUUUGGAGCCUGACCGUUUGGAAAAUGACCGGUUGGAGAAUGGCCGGCUGGAGGCCGGCAGCUGCAGCUUGAGUGACGGGGAAGGAAGCGAGUCGCAGGCUUUCCUCUCCGCGUGGUCGCCGCCGCACGCAGGACGAGGCGAUGACUCGCGGGCCGUAUCGUCGUGGUCACAGUCGCGCAAGUCCCGGCCGUCGCUACGCCACGCGCGGAGCAGUAGCUGGGGCGGCAGCGGGUGGGGAGGCAGCGGGUGGAUAUGCAGCGUGUUGAACCCCAGCGGAGCGGCGUGCUGUUUGGUGGAGCCGUGCCGCGCCAUCUGCUCCCCCAAGUUCUUCUGGCAGGUGGCGUCAGUGGCGCAGUGGUGCACGUUCAACAUCAUCAUGAUCCUCGUCAACAACGAGAUCUUCCAGCGGUACGGCUUCGCCUUCCCGCUCACGCUCACCGCCAUCCACUUCGCGCUCUCAUUCGUCGGCGCCUUCACGGCUAUUGAGAUCCUGCAGGUGUGCCCAAAGGCGGAGGUGGAGGCGGGGGAGAUGGUGGCGUGGGUGAUGCCCAUGGCCGUGGUCACGUGCUUCAACGUAGUGCUCGGCCAGCUCUCCCUGCGCUACGUGCCGCUGCCCGCCCUCCUCUCCACCAAGGCCCUCUCGCCCGGCCUCACAGUGGCUAUCCAGGCGUUGGCGCUACAGGCGGAGUACGACUGGCGGCUGUGCCUCUCACUGCUGCCGGUCAUGGCGGGCGCCAUGCUGGCCUACGCACCCUCAGUGCACUUCGCGCUGCCCACGUUCCUCUCAGCGCUGUGCUGUGUGGUGCUGGGCUGUGCCACCGUCAUCUGUGCUGAGGUGUUGCUCAAGGGCAAGCAGUACAGCCUCGACUCCCUCAACGCUCUGUACCAGCUGGUGCCCUACUCGGCGCUCAUUCUCGCGCCGCCAGCAGCAGUGCUGGAGGGGUGGCAGCUGUGGGGGUGGUUCGUGGCUCAGGCCAACCCCUGGCCCGCUGUCAUCGCCAUCCUCAUUAGUGGCUGCUUCGCUUUCUGCCUCAACUUCUCCCUCUUCUACACGAUCCAAAAGACCAGUGCGCUGACGUUCAACGUGGCGGGCAAUCUGAAGCUCGUGAUCACACUCGUCUUCUCAUGGCUGCUCUUCCGCACGCCCAUGGCCCCCAUCAGCCUGCUCGGUUGCCUGCUGGAGCUAGUAGGCGUGGUGUGCUACGGCUGGGCCAUCUUCUCCAUGCGCAAGCAACAGGUGGAGCUGCUGCGAUCGCCCUCUGCGCAGGUUAGGGUGGAGCAGGAGGCUAGUGAUGACAUUGUGCAGGUGUACCUAGGAGCCAUGCUGUAA